CACCGUGUUGAAUCCAGAAACAACUUCAAAGGGUUAUAUCCAUUUGACAGUAGAGAGGGGAACGUGUGUGUUCGUGCGCGAAUGCGAACGGUUUAUGUUAAUGGUAUUUCCAAAUGAUCGUGCCGUUUGAUGGGAAACAGUGAACGGAAUUAUUUCAAGAGUGCAGUUCGUCGGACGAGAUUGCGCUUGAAAAUUCCGUGGAAACGAAUAGCAUAAAAUGAAGCCUUUAAUCGAGUUCGAGGAAUGUUUGCGAGACACGCCAAAGUUUCGAUCGUGCAUCGAGGAUGUAGAGACAAAUGUUGAUCUAUUAGAACAAAAAUUAGACAAGGUGUUGAAAAACUGUAGCCAAAUGAUUGACACUGGGAAAGUUUUUAUAGGGCAGCAAAGCCAAUUUGCCAAUAGUCUUUGGGAAUUAUCUCUAUACUUUAAUGAUGAUUCAGAGAUAAUGGCCUUCUUAAAUAAAUUAAUCCAUGCUUUGCAAGAAAUGAACAAGUUUCAUACUAUUUUGCUAGAUCAAGCGUCUAGGACUGUAAUUAAAGAUCUUAAUUCAUUCAUAAAAAGUGACAUCAAAAGGGUGAAAGAGUCACGUCAUUACUUUGAGAAAAUUUCUGCUGACCUAGAUAUAGCUUUAAAUAAAAAUUCACAAGUUCCAAAGACUAGACCUGCAGAAUACGAAGAAACUUCCAAUAUUUUAUCAGCCACUCGAUCAUGUUUUCGACAUACAGCUCUAGAUUACAUUCAUUCAUUAACAAUGAUACAGGCACGUAAACGGCAUGAAAUAUUAGGUACAUUACUUAAUUAUAUGAAUGCCUGUAUCACAUACUAUCAUCAAGGUAGCGAUCUGGCACAAGAUUUAGAUCCAUUUUUAAAAGAUCUUGGCGAAAACUUAAUUAAAAUGAGGACUGAUUCUGUGAAACUUGAGAAAGAAAUGGAAAAUCGGCAUAUUUAUGUUACAAAUAGAGACUUAAUACCCUCUCCAACGCCCGGUAAUCCUAGAAUGGAAGGCUAUUUGUUUAAACGAACUACCAAUGCGUUUAAAACGUGGAACAGAAGAUGGUUUUGUUUGAAAGAUCAACAACUGGUAUACAAAAAAAGAACUGGUGACAGUGACUAUACAGUCAUGGAAGAAGAUCUUCGUCUUUGUACUGUUAAACCAGUAGUAGACUGUGAUAGAAGAAACUGUUUCGGAGUAUUAAGUCCUGCAAAAAGUCACAUUUUGCAAGCUGAUAGUGAAGAAGCUUAUUUAGCAUGGGUAACUGCCAUGCAGCAAGCGAUUGGUGCUGCUAUUCAAAGAGAAUUGCAAUUACAAAAUAUUAGAGGAUCAAAUAGACAGUCAAAACCUAAAUCGGUUUGGGAACAAAUCUUAAAGAUUCCUGGUAAUGAUAUCUGCUGUGAUUGUGGUGCUGCUAAUCCAAGGUGGGCCAGUAUCAACCUUGGAAUCACACUUUGUAUAGAGUGUUCCGGAGUACAUAGAAGCUUAGGUGUUCACUAUAGCAAAGUACGUUCUCUAACGUUAGACGAUUGGGUACCAGAGGUACUGAAAGUAAUGGCAGAAUUAGGAAAUACUGUAGUGAAUAAUAUCUACGAAGCUCUGCCAGUCCCUUCCGAUAUAGUUAAAGCUACGCCAAACUGCACUGGCAACAUCCGUGAAGCUUGGAUAAGAGCGAAGUACGUAGAUCGCAAACUUGUGAAGCCGUUGAACAACAUAAUAUCAUCAGGACAAUUCGCGAACCAUGACAAAGUACAUUUCCGGAAGUGGAGUGUCCGCAAACUGCGUCGCAGACCGCGCAGCUGCGACAAAAUCGACAGUCUGAAUCGCAACAAAACAACGACGUUAUCUUCCGUGAAAGAAGGCCAACAUUCCAUAAGUUCGGACGACAGCAAGCACACGUCGAUCGAGAGUCUCAGUUCCAUGGACAAAGCGAAGAAGACAGAGAGAAGUUCCUUGAGCUCCGACGACAGUAUGAAUCUAGAUCUGAAGAACGAGUCCACCUUGUACGGGAAGAUAUUAGUGCGACCCCGUAGCGAGAUAAGCGAGAGCAAAACCGUCGAUAGUAGUACAACAGAAUCGAACAUUGAUAACGAACGUAAGCUUGACUCUUCCGUGGAAGACAAUACAAUAUCCAACUCGGAGAAUAGUUUAUCACUGAAAAGCGAAGUGUCCUUAACCCCAGAGAAUUCCGACGCGAAAGACGUCUUAGAGAAUAAGGAUAUCGGGACCGAGAAGCAUUGUACAAAAAAGAUGGAGACCGAUGUGCUGAUGUUUGGAUGCGAUUUACCAAAGCCAACGAUUGAUAAUAGCUUAGAAUUAAGUUCGGACCAGGACUCGACUGUCGGCGAGGACGAAGAGUUCACCGACGAGGAGGAUAUCGAGAAUCUGCAUCCUGAGAUGCUGCUUUACAAAGCCGCAGCUGCGCACAAUCUUCCCGUGAUGUGUGCAGCAUUCGCGGCUGGUGCUGAUAAGUCCUGGUCAAAUGUCAAUGAUAGAGGACGCAACGCUUUGCAUCAAGCUAUUAUAAGCGGAUCUGUGAUGGCUUGCGAGUAUCUCAUUCUUAAUGGAGCGCGCAUCAACUGUCAGGACGGCGGCGGGAAAACAGCACUGUACUUGGCCACAGAGUUAGGUCAUACUGCCCAGGUCUGUUUACUCUUGAAGCAUCGCGCGAACCAACACAUUGAGGACGAAACUGGCGUGAAACCUUUGUCGCUAGCCGUGAAAGAAGCUAACGCGGAUAUUGUUACUUUAUUACGUCUCGGUCUCCUAAACGAGGAAAUGAAAAAUUCAGAGAUCGGGAUCAGCGGCGAUGAGACUUUCAACGACGUUGUCCGCGAUUUCAGCCAAUUGGCGUGCUCUCACCCAGAACGACUGCAACGAAGAAAUGAAAGUAACAACACGUCACAGCCGCCGGAAUGAGGUUUAAGAACGAGCAAGUCUUAUUUGCAGAAUGUAAAGAGCUUGCUACAACGCAAAGAGAAGAAGGAGAGGAGCGCAUCGAAAAUGUCGUCUUUCAGUUCCUUGCAGGGUAACAAAGUUGAUUAAAGAGGUAAGUAUAUGAAGAUUGAACUUUGAAAGUUCUGUGCUGUAAUAAUCGAUAGAGCGAAAGAGAGAGCGAGAGUGAGAGUGAGAGGGAGAGAGAGAGAGAGAGAGAGAGAGCGAGA